GUGAGAGGACCUGGUGGGCCUUCGAAGCACAUUUCGCUCUGAACGGUCUUCACGAUCAGGAGGAAUCAACGUGAUCCUUAUUCCCCUGCGUCUUGUAGUAGAUGAAGGGAACUUCCUCGGGGAAUAUAUUCUACAUGUUGACAUACUUAAAAUGUAUCACUUUGUUGUGCCUCAAGCCGAUUGCAUCUGGCCAGACGCCUCCCCAGGCCCUUUCGCCACGCCGGGACCCCCUUCUCCUUAGCCUGGAGGCGGAGGCGAUUAAGGUCCUGCGAGAGGUGCUCACAGGACCCACGAAGGACCACGAAGUAACGCUGCUGGUGGAGGACGAAGUCAAAGAGACAAUUGACGUUGACCACAUAGUGAAGAUCCUCCCAGUUCCCGUUCUCUUGCUGCGCCCUCCUCAGGAAAUUGCCAAGAAACACCGUAAACGUCGACAUUUUCCAGCUGUGACAAGCGUGGUGGUGGUUCUGGUGGGUUCUGGAUCUUCGUUGCCGCUGUGGUCCCCUCCUGACUGGUGGUCGCCCAAGGCGGUCGUGCUGGUGGUCGUCUGGAGGACAUGCCGGGCGCGGGACCUCCUCCAGACGCCCCUCCUCGAGUCAACGACCUCCGUGGCCGUCCUGUGCCCCUCCUUCCCCUCGGCUGACCCCCAGCGGCCCGUGUUCCGCGUCGCCACGUGGCUGCCCUACGUGGCCACCGGGAAGCUCCUCCAGCUGGGCGACUGGGACCCCGCCGUCUUCUCCGCCUGGGACGACCUCUUCUGCGACCGAUUCGCGGACUUCGGGGGCAGGGCGGUCCACCUAGCGUCCGACCAUGACGACAUGCCGUUCAUCUUCGAGACAGACGACGGUCUGGACGGCACGAACAUACGGAUGAUGGAUGCUCUGAGCUCUUGGCUCAACUUCACGUACACUUCCACCACUGAGGCGCCUGAUGCCGAGUGGGGUAAGAGGGACGAGAACGGGACGUGGAGUGGGCUGCUUGGGGAGGUCCAUCGCGGCGCGAAGGACUUGGCCAUCAACUACUUCACUGUCACGACGGAGCGGGCCGAGGACUUCGACUACUCUGUGCCCUACUACAACGAAGGGUCGGUGGUCUUCUGA